AUGCCAAUCUGGGGUCUUUCGACCGAGUCUAUGAGCCCUGGCCGCCUCCCGGUUGUGGUAAGGUUGAGCAACCGAGCGUGGGACGGAGAGAUGCAGCUCCGCGACUUCUCAAAGCGAACGCCGCUGGAGAACGGUUUGCGGACGGAUGCGGGAGGUUCUCGGUUACUUGCCGAGCGUAUCCCUGAGAGGCAUGACAGUAGCGGAGGGCUGCCCGGCCAGCUGCAAUAUGAGCUGAAGGAUCCUAAGGAGGGUGCGAUGUCGGCGAGAGCGGCCGAGAUCGCGGCGCAUAAGAACGCGGCCGCCGAGGCAGCGCGCCUCGUCGCCGAGGCGGCGCACGAGCCGCCGACGGCCACCCCCGUGAUGGUGCCCCUCGCCGUCGUGCGCGGGGCAGGCAGCGAGGAGGCGGCGCAGGGCCGCGGCGAGAGGGCGCCGAUGGUUGUGCGCUCGAGGUGGCGCGUGAGGAUCGACAUCGUUUACCGCGGGGCGGCGGGCGCUUGA